AUGGAUCACUCCGACUUCAUCGCCUUCCUCUUGCCCUCCUACGGCAACGCUCUGGCUAUGCAGGCCAUCCAGAUGCGGCAAAACAAGAAAUUCGUCACCCAGUCCCUCCCCGACCUGCUGCCCUCCACCUUCACCACCACCGCCUCCACCUCCACCUCUUCCGUCACGAGCCUAUGCGGACCCUUUGGCUCCUCGGCCCCCGCGCCGGCUCUCCAGCUCCGCUUCAGCCACAAGCCCAAGUCGCACCUGGGCUUUCUCCUCGGCACCGAUGCCUCCGCCUGCGACAUCGUGCUGCCCAAGCUGCCCGGCAUCAGCCGCCGCCACUGCUACAUCACCUUUGACACCGAGUCGCGUCUCGUCCUGCGCGACACCUCCAAGAACGGCACCGCCGUCUGGUACGAUCACCAUAGCAACGGCGACCGCCGAGGCGCGUCCUGGGUCCUCAGCAGCGGCGGCUCCUACGGCUUCCCCGACAGCGUCCGCCGCAUCGUCAUCGACAUCCAGACUGUCCGUUUCCAGAUCGUCGUCAACGCUCCCCUGCUCGACAUCGACGGCUACGUGCAACGCGUCGACGAUUUCCUCGUGGGCCUCGCGCAACGGCGCGGCUUGCCUUCUUCCUCGGCCGAAGUCGAGAGCGGCGAGCUUCGCGAUAUCGCGCCCCUCUUCUCCGCGACGCGUGGCACGUCCCCGGGAAGGUCGGCGAGGUACGUCAAGUACACGUUGGAGGCGGAGGACGGCGCGUCGCCUCCUCAAACCUUUCUCUGGAACACCGCUCGUCCCUGGGACCCUGUUAUUCCUGUCAGCGAGUAG